CUUGGCACCUGCACACCCGCACCCCCAUGUGUCCACUCCCCAAGACCCCACUGCCGCGGUACCUUUUAUUACCCAGGUAACAAUUUCUGCCUUGUGAAGUGACUGCCGGCGUCACCCUGUCUCGGGGUGGGGCCCCCCCAGACCCCACCCUCGGGGCCCCCAAGGUCCUCGGGCUUUAUGACUCAUAGUCAUUUUGAACGGUCAAGUUCCUGAUGAGAGGCCACUUGCGAGGAGUCCCGACUACCAUAGGGGAGCGGAAUCCAUGCCUAGGAUUAGAAUGGGGUGCCGCGUGAGUACGAAACUGAGCGGCAACUGCCCCCAACCUCGUGCACCCAGCCCUGAUCUUGUGGACCCCAGAACUGUCCGCAGAGCCCCCUGAGGGGGAGAAUACGGGAAAGGGACUCGACUCAGUGACCUGGCUCCCUCAAAGAGUUUGGGGUUUCUGUCCACCAUGUGCAUCGCUCCAGUUGUAAAGUAACCUGGAGAUAGUUUAGGGUACCGGCCAGAGCACCCCAACGGGCUCCAGGUGUUACACCUGAUGUGAACAGAAACAAGACCUCGGUAGCUGCCGGGCGGCACAGUCGCCCCACGUUCCGCGGCUUGCGGUCCCUGCAUCAGCACGCAGGCGUUCCCUAGCCUCGUUCCGGACUUUCGCGACAGCUUCCGCCACAUUCAUCAUGGCGGCGCCCUCCGUUACGUAACUUCCGCCCGCGAGCGGAACUGCAAGGUUCUGCGAACAUGGCGGCGUCGAAGGUGAAGCAGGACAUGCCCCCGCCGGGGGGUUACGGCCCCAUCGACUACAAGCGGAACCUUCCGCGUCGGGGACUGUCGGGCUACAGCAUGUUUGCUGUGGGCAUCGGGACUUUGCUCUUCGGGUACUGGAGCAUGGUGAAGUGGAACCGGGAACGCAGGCGCCUGCAGAUUGAGGACUUUGAGGCCCGAAUUGCGCUGAUGCCACUGUUCCAGGCAGAGAAGGACCGGAGGGUCCUGCAGAUGCUCCGGGAGAACCUGGAGGAGGAGGCCGUCAUCAUGAAGGAUGUGCCUGACUGGAAGGUGGGCGAGUCCAUGUUCCACACAACGCGGUGGGUCACUCCCAUAAUGGGUGAGCUAUACAGCAUGCGCCCCAACGAUGAGAUUGUCAACGCCACCUACGGCUUCAUGUGGUACACGUAGCGCCUGCAACCAUUGGACGACUGCACCCCCACCCCUCCCUACCAGGAGAGAAUAAAGGCUCUAGAGACCACCCACCUGUGUCCCAGGGACU